GAAAACUGGUGAAGACGUCACCCUUCGCAGCAUGCCGAAAUGGCGGAGCUGCCAAAACUGGACUUCGAGGAUGUGCCACGAACGCAUCCGACCCCACCAAGCCCAUCGUUGGGACAUGCGAGGGCGAGAAAGCGCCCUGGAAAGCAAGUUGCUCGGCGUGGCAGCAGGAUCGGCAAAGUAGGCGCUGGCGCAGGGGAGGAGCCACCCGACGAAGUGCGGGACCGGAGCUCCUCCGUGGGCCGUGCAUGUACUCGGCUGCGGACAGCUUUGCAAGAAUACUUGAUGUAUCACUUCUGGAUGCCCUUGACCGGCCUGGUGGCAGUGGGCCCGGGAUGCUCAGGUUGUGGCCGGAUUUCUUGAGUUGACAGAGAAAUCGACGAAGCGUCGGAUCGUC